AUGAAUAAAUAUACUGACAGAUCAAGACCUCAAACUGCUUAUUCUGUAGCGAAAAGAUCCCAUGCUAGUCUGGCUGAGCCCUUGUCAACUCGCUGCGCGACAGCUUCUUCGCUUAUAAGACCCAAACUUCUUAUAGGAAAUUUAAUCAGUACAAUUGAUAAGCCUUCGGUUACCAAUAGGCAUAAUUUACUGCAUGAAAAUCUCUCAGGAAAUUUUGACGAGAUUGACCAUGCCAACCCAGAUGACUCUCAGUAUGAAAUGGACCUUUAUUUCCCUCAAAAACCUCCUAGAAGCAGUAUUAGUGGAUUAACACUGAUAGAAAAUGAAAAAUUAGCAAAAAAAUCUUUUUCAAUUAGUUAUGCUCCUAAUUCAACUCGUGAAGAAACUUUAAAAGCAGACCUAAGUCAUAAGAAAUUGCCUACAAACCAAGAUUUCACAAAAAUGCUGAAUAGGCUGGAAAUGGUGAUUUCUAAUAAAAGCUUGGGAAAUCGAAGAAUUGAGCUGACAGAAGGAGAGGCUGUAGAUGAUUAUUUGGAAAUUGCUGAUGGGCAUUACUAUCGUGUAAUUACAAAGGGUAAGAAAUGCCCUAUGAGAGUUAUGCUAAAAGUUUUAAAAGGAAAAGUCAUAACAUAUGUGUCAAGAACUACAAUUAUGCCGAAUGAAGCAACACAUGACCAAGUUUCGAAGUCAUACACUUUUGAAGUUUCUGAUCCUGGCUUAAAAUUCAAAGCAGAAACAAUAAGCUUACUCAUGAAGGGUUAAUUUUGUUUUGUGAAAUUAAAACAAUCCUGGGACAAUAUUUUAAAACAAAUAUUAGUUUAAUUUAUGUUUUAAAAUGCAGGAUAUUUAAAAUUAAACAGAAUUAGCUAGAGAUUUCAUUUUAAUAAUUAUGACCUAAAUAUCAAAUAUUUUUUAAUAUAAGGAGAGUUAGGAAUUUUUGCCAUUGCAGAUUCAAAUUAUUCAAUUAGAAUCCAUUUCGGAAGGGAAAAAGAGCAUCAUUCAAGCCACAACAAAAGCGAGCCAAGAGAAAAUAGAGAUUACUAUCAAAAUGACGUAGCCAGAGAAAUGGAAAAAGAUUUAACUAAAUAUCGAGCAAAAUACACACAAAAAAGAAACCUAAAAUUAGUGACAGAACUCUCAGAAAAAUCUUUAACAUGAGAAAUAAGGCACCAGCAAACAGUCGAAAGAAAAAAGCAAAUUUUAUUGGAGAAGAAAAAAAGAGCAGAAAUGAUGAUUAUCAGGAAUGAAAUUAAAAGAGAAGAAGAAAGAAAAAAGAGAGAAUUCGAAGAAGCUAAAACUGUUUUGCAAGCACAGCAGAGGGUGUGGAUCAUUUUAAUCAAAUUUGCACAGGCUUAUGAAAUUAUGAAUGAAAGAAGGUGCAAUGAAAAAAGCAAGACUCUUAUGAAGCUAAAAGAAAAUGGCUCUGCUAGGAAGCUGCAGCUGUUUUACAAAAAAAAGCAAAGCGAUAUGACUGCUUAUGAUGUUAAUUUAUUGAGAGCAGGACCUUUAUUGAAACUGUAUUGUAGCAGUAUAAAAAUGAUAAUGGAAAAAACAGUCAAGAAAAAGAUUUUAAGCUUGAUAAGAAUGAGUGCCAGAAUGAGAGAAAUUCCGACCCAUUUCGAAGACUAUUAUUCCUGUGCUGAAAAGAUUCAAAAAGCUUGGGCAGAGUACGUAAAAAAGAAAAAUGAAAGGUGGAGCUCUCUAAUAGAGCUCUGAAACCAAACAAUACCAACCUAUAUUAGUCCAAGGCCCAAACCUAAAUCAGGAAAAGGCAAAUCUCGAUCACCAUCAAAAAUCAUGCCAAAUAUCCCAGACUUUCAAAGGGACAGAAUUUUAACUGAAUAUAUAAGAGAAUGCAAAAGAAAAUAUAUCAACGACCUCAAUACUUUUUAUGAAAGCAAAGGACAUUUGCUUAACACAGCUGCAGGAGCAUUACAAGGAUCUCAAGAAAAUCCUAAAAAGAUUAAAAUAGAAUACCCUCCUAAUUUUGUAUUUAACCCGACCUCUGCAGAUAUCAUGAAAUUAAUUGAGAAAUUCAUAAAAUCACAAACAAAUUAA